GGAGAACUACUUAAAGCUGUAGAAAAUCAAACUCACACUCAGUCGUGUCCUGCCAUCACAAAAUGCAUCUCCUCACGCUGAUCUUGGGUAUUGUGCUUCUCCCUGAAGCCUACUCCCUGAAAUGUUAUGAGUGUAUAGCGGGAGCCUCAGGAACCUGCACAGACACAACAAAGGAAUGUCCUUCGCAGUGUGCUGCAGCAAGAGUCAUUUCAUACGCAGGUGGCUCAAAACUUGCUGACAUCACCUCAAAGGGUUGUGCUGUGGCUGAAGAGUGUAUUGAGGCCUCAGUCAACUUUGGAAUCGCCAAAACCGUAAUUACCAGCAAGUGUUGCACCUCAGCGCUCUGCAACGCCCAACCUGCCCCCGAGCCCACCAAAUCCAAUCCAAACGGCAAAAAGUGCUUCACCUGUGAUGGACAAUCAUGCACCUCAACUCUGAACUGUGACGGGGAUGAGGACUACUGCAUCUCAUCAAAAGUGAAUGUAGGAAAUGACAAGGUGACCGUGAAAGGCUGUGCCUCCAAGUUGGUCUGCUCAAAUACAGCGUCUGCACAGUUAUCAGGGGCCAUUGGAGCAGAAGUUAGCUGCUGUCAGGGGAACUUCUGCAACAGCGCCAGCAGCACGAGUGCUGGACUUCUGCUCCUGCUGACACCACUGGUCUCUUUGGUUGUGUUUUCUUAAGUGGUGGAGAUGGCAGCAUCACUGCAGCACGUGGCAAACAGCUUUUCUUCUCAUCUUCACAUGGCCUCAUAGUGCUUACACACCCUUGGCCUUAUCUUUCUACUUGAUGAGUGAGACAGUUUAGCAAACAAAGCAUAAAAUAUAACUUAGUGAAGUUGUGAUUUUUAUUGGUGUCUUGCCUCAAACAGUUUCUAGCCAGCUUCUUUUUUUUUGCAUGUUGCCUGUGGAGACAAUUGCAACUGUCUUGCACAGAAUAACUGUCUACAAUAGCUUUUAUUUUCAUUUUAAAGUAAAACAAGUAAAAUGUGAAAAACAUGUUGAAGCAUAAUGUUUGUUCUGAGUGCUGUGCUUAACCUGAAACAUAUUUUUAAUUUCAAUUAUCAAAAUCAUUCUUUUGAUACUGAUAAAAUGCUCAAUAAAUAAUAAAUUUCUCAACUUUGCUG